GCUGAGGUGCCCUUGAGCAAGGUACCAAACCCCUGACUGCUCCCCGGGUGCUCUGGUGUGGCUGCCCACUGCUCUGAAUGUGUGUGUGUGUUCACUGCUUCAGAUGGGUUAAAUGCAGAGGAUGAAUUUCACUGUGCUUGAAGUGUGCAUGUGACGAAUAAAGGUUUUCUUCUUACACAGCAUGGCGAGGAUGUUUGUGUUUUGUCUAUUAGCACUGACGCAGGUCUCUUCUCCUUCUCAGGUAUCUCUGAUAUUCCUGAUCAGCGGCCUGGUCAUCCUCGGCUUCGCCUCGUCUAUCAGCCAUAAGAACAUGUAUCAUGACAUGGUGAGAGAAGUGUGUGGCCACAGGAUCAGUUCUCUCUGUGAGAUCUGCUUCGUCUUUAACCUCUUCAUUAUCUCUGUGGCGGUCCUCGUGGUGGUGCAGGACCAGCUGGAGAAGUUAUGCUUGUCCUUAUACGAAAUGGUGACAGGAGCAAAAGUGAUGCCCUAUUGCUGAUAUACAGACCAGAGCUUUGCACUCUUCAUCGUGUGCCUCGUCAUCAUCCUCCAGCUGUCCAUCACCAAAGAAAUCAGCAUCCAGAGAUAUACUAGUGUAUUAGGAAUUCUGGCUACGACGUACCUCAGCGUGGCUGUAAUCAUUAAAUAUUACCUGAAGGAGGAGGAGCACAGUGCAGAUCUCUGUCCUCAGCACACAGGGAUGUUCCUGACAGGAUGGGGCGUCGUCACUGUUGUUGUUGGAACCUUCAUAUUUGGCACCAUUGCUGUCAUGGAGCUCACACACAAGGUGUGA